AUGGCUUCCUACUCGCAGUACCUCACCAAAGAGAAAGAAGAUGAACUUCGCGGCAUCGCCAACGCUAUUGUGGCCCCCGGCAAGGGAAUUCUCGCUGCUGAUGAAUCCACUGGAAGUAUGGAUAAGAAAAUGAAGAACAUUGGCACAGAGAACACUGAAGAACAGCGUCGAAAAUACAGACAGCUUUUGUUUACUGCAAGCCCCGAAAUGAGCAAGCACAUUUCUGGUGUAAUCAUGUUCCACGAGACUUUCUAUCAAAAAUGCGAUGAUGGGACGCGUUUCGUUGAUGCGCUGAAGAAGCAAGGCAUUAUACCGGGAAUUAAGGUUGACAAAGGUGUUGUGCCCAUGGCCGGUACUGUUGGAGAAGGUACCACUCAAGGAAUGGACGAUCUCAAUGCUCGAUGUGCUCAAUAUAAGAAGGUGCUCGCACGUUACGCCUCUAUCUGUCAGCAAAAUGGCCUGGUACCAAUCGUCGAGCCAGAGAUUCUUCCGGACGGCGAGCAUGACAUAGACAGAUGCCGAAAGAUCACCGAGACCGUUCUGUCUUACUGCUACAGAGCCCUCAACGACCACCACGUCUACCUUGAAGGAACUCUACUGAAGCCGAACAUGGUAACUGCUGGGCAGGCCUUCAAGGGCAAAAAACCAUCGCACGAUGAAAUCGCGCUUGCAACCAUAACUGCUCUUCAACGUUCUGUUCCAGCUGCUGUUCCUGGAGUGGUGUUCCUUUCGGGAGGGCAGUCUGAGGAGGACGCCACCCUUAACUUGAAUGCUAUGAAUAAGCUAGAUACGAAGAAACCAUGGGCACUAACAUUCUCAUAUGGUCGAGCUCUACAAGCAUCAUGCAUGUCGAAGUGGUCAGGAAAGGACGAGAACGUCAAAGAUGCUCAGGCGGUGUUCAUGCAGAGAGCGCAGGCGAAUUCACUGGCCGCCCUUGGCAAAUACUCUGGCGAUCCGAACGCCGACAAGGCUGCUUCACAGUCUCUAUUUGUGGCUAAUCAUGCCUAUUGA